AUGGCUGUGGCACCCUAUGCCCUGGCACUUCCCCUGGUGCUCGCCCUGCUCAGCCUGGCACCGGCGCCCGCUUUGGGAGGCUGCCCGGCGGCUUGCAGGUGCUCCUUCGCCAUGCUGCAGUGCCUGGAGCCCAAUGGUAUCACCAGCAUCCCGGCACUGGCAACACAAGAGAGUGAGAAUGUGACGGAGAUUUACAUUGAAAACCAAGACGCCCUGGAGAAUAUAACAGAGAUUGAUCUUGCUUACUACAGAGAGCUGAAAAACCUCACGGUCACAUCAUGUAAGCUGAGGCUCAUCUCUAUCAAUGCCUUCCAAUUCAACCUCAAGCUGCAGUAUGUGAACCUGGCAUCAAACUCUCUGGAACACAUCUCCUGGAGGGUGUUUCAUUUUCUACCACUGCUCAACCUGGUUUUGAGGGACAACCCCUUAUUUUGCUCAUGUGACCUCCACUGGCUCCAGCAUUGGCAGCAUAAUGAACGCGGUGACCUGGACAACCAGAUGUUGUCUUGUUUCUCCAAUCAUCAAGAAGUACCCCUUAACUCUUUGGUGAUAGAUAACUGCAGUCUGCCCGAGGUGACUAUUGUCCCCUUCAAAGACUCAAAGACUAAAGAUGGAGGCAACCUGACGUUUGCGUGUCAAGUGACAGGAAGUCCCACUCCCAACGUGAGAUGGCGAACUCAAGAGCUCAACUCUCACUUCUUCACGCAGGAGAGAAUCUGGGGCUCCACGUUGGAGCUGGUCCUUUUCCUCACCAACAUUUCUUCCAAUGACAACCUGCACAACCUAACUUGUGAGGCCGAGAACCAAGCUGGGCCCGGGGAGGAGAUGGUGCAAUUAGACAUUGAAUUUUCAGCCAAAAUCAUCUUCCUGAAAGACGCAGAGUCGCAGCACCACUGGUGUUUCCCUUUCGCUGUGGAUGGAAAUCCUGAACCGAACAUCACUUGGCGCUACAAUGGCAGAGAUCUCAGAAAGAGCAAAUACACAUACACCCAGCUCAUCCCCGAUCUGGGUGACGGAUCAGUGAAACACGGGUGUCUCUUCCUCAACAAGCCCACGCACAUCAACAAUGGCCACUACACUCUGAUCGUGCAGAACAAUCUGGGGAGGGAUGAGGCCACAGCUGAGGGGAUAUUCAUGGAGAACCCCUUCGACCUGUUAGAUCCUGAGGGGAUAAUUCCAGUCCCUGAACCAAUACCGACAAAGAAAUCAGACAUGGACGUCACAGAGAACUCGGAGAGUCGAGUGUUUGUGGUGUCUGUGGCUGUCGGUCUCGCUGUGUUUGCCUGCAUUUUCCUUCUCAUCAUGGUUUUGGUUAUUAACAAGUGUGGUCAGCAUUCCAAGUUUGGGAUCCACCGUUCAUCAGCUCUGGGCACUGAGGAUGAUCUGGCCGUGUCGCUUCGUUUUAUGAACUUUGGAACCAGCCCGCCUUCCUCAGAUGAAGACUCUGGUUUAUCCAGCUUUGUAGAAAACCCACAGUACUUCUGCGGCAUCAUCAAGGAGAAAGACAUGUGUGUCCAGAAUAUCAAACGGCAGGACAUUGUGUUGAAGUGGGAGCUGGGUGAGGGAGCGUUUGGGAAAGUUUACCUGGCAGAAUGUGCCCACCUCAGCCCCGACAGCGACAAGAUGCUGGUGGCUAUCAAGACUCUAAAGGACGCCAACGAGUCGACCCGGCAGGACUUCCAGAGGGAGGCGGAGCUGCUGACGGUGCUCCAACACCAGCACAUCGUGCGAUUCUACGGCGUGUGCACAGACGGAGAGCCGCUGGCCAUGGUGUUUGAAUACAUGAGGCACGGAGACCUCAACCGGUUUCUGAGAGCUCACGGCCCUGACGCUCGUAUCCUGGAGGAGACGAAGAUGCCCCCUCUGGGUCAGCUGACUCUUCCUCAGAUGCUGCACAUCGCCGCUCAGAUCGCCUCGGGCAUGGUCUACCUGGCCUCGCUGCACUUCGUCCACCGCGACCUGGCCACCCGCAACUGCCUGGUGGGAGAGGGCGUGGUGGUCAAAAUCGGAGACUUCGGCAUGUCCCGGGACAUCUACAGCACGGAUUACUACCGGGUGGGCGGACGUACGAUGCUCCCGAUCCGCUGGAUGCCGCCGGAGAGCAUCAUGUACAGGAAGUUCACCACGGAGAGCGACAUCUGGAGCUUCGGCGUGGUCCUGUGGGAGAUCUUCACCUACGGGAAACAGCCCUGGUACCAGCUGUCCAACAGUGAGGCCAUUGAAUGCAUCACGCAGGGACGGGAGCUGGAAAGGCCGUGCACCUGCCCCAAAGAAGUGCACCUGCUGAUGCAGGGCUGCUGGCAGAGGGAGCCCCAGCAGAGGAUGGUCAUCAAGGACCUCCACAGCCGCCUGCUGGCGCUGGUCAAGAGCCCCCCCGUCUACCUGGACAUCCUGGGCUGACCAACCAGCGAGCGGAGUUCAGAAGCUGGGGAGGUUUUGAUUUGAACCCUCAGCUUCUUCUUUAAUUUCAUUCCUCUAUCCAGGAGGUCAUUUCUUUAAACAGCUUGCUCUUGGUUUCAUUUAAAAAUAUGUCGCAGUUGCUCCAUAUCCAGCCUCGAUGCCUGACGGAGGAAGCAUCUGCAGUCCCUUUCCGCCUUAGUUACGCCUCACCCCGGCUUAACCCCGACCCCCGUUUACUGCCCCUCAUUCUCUGGAAACCUGUCAAAUGUUUACCAAAGUGUUGAAUGUUUAUCUCAAGUGAGAUCCGCCAGAUGGAGGGACAUGCAUGGAUAAUUGUUGAAGUAACUGUAUAUGGGCUUUACGCUGCUGGGAUAUCAGAUGAUGGCUUGUUGGGGGAUAUUGGCUCUGAGCUGAGCUGGGCUUCAUUUUAUACAACUCUACAAGCAACACUUGUGUCGAAACGCAAUUAGAAAAUGAAACAGAUGAUUACAAGAGAGGGCACUUCACCUCACGAGUCAAAAGUGGAAAGCAAUGUUUCAGAUUAGGGCACAGUAGACAGUCCCUUGUACAGUAUAGCUACUGUUUUUUGGAUAGGUUUUGAUAUGAAAGGUAAUUUAACGGCAAUCAGAACAUGUAUAUAAGAUAUCAAAAAUGUACAAUCAAAAAACUUCAAAAGCUUGUUAAUUGUUUCUGUCAAAUCCAGUGUAUCAUAUGAGUAUUUUUUAAGAACAAAAUGUCCUAUAUAAGCAGUGAAAGUGUAUGUUUACAUUUAAUUCUGUCGGUUCUCCUGUCAAAUAUGAACAAAAAUACUUCCAAAGAACAACAGUCUGACCUGUGGCCUGCCUUGGACACUCGAGAGAGGCUUUUGUACAAAUUAGCGAUGUUCAACAUGCUACUGUAGCGACCUUCUAAAUCAAAGCACUGAAGUGAAAUUCAGUACGGGGGCAAGAUGGUGGGGAGGGGACACACUGAGGCAACAGAUGGAUUAAAGUGAGUGAAACUCCAGGAGGAGGGGGACAGAUGGCUCUGAAACAGAGACUGUAGGUGGGGCCAACUCCAUAGAAAAAAUAAAAGUUUAAAUUCAACCUAAUGAGACGCUUAGAGGGUGAAAGACUGAGUCUAUACAAACAUGCCUUUAAGUGUAAAUACUAAAUGUACAUACUCUGUAUUAAUGUGUAAGAAACUAUAUAUUCAUGUAUUGUUACUCCAGCACUUUGUAUAUUGUCUGCCCUUAAAAA